AUGCUCUUGCUCUUGCUCUUGCUUGCGCUCGCUCCGGCUUGUCUUGCCGUUUCUGUGUCGCGUGUUGAAUCGGGUGAUUAUGGCCCCGUUACCGCCUACGCUCCCCCUCCGGUUGGGCCUUCUGCCAACCUGAUUGUCAAUGACGUUAUAGUUGCACCCGACGGUUUCGUUCGUCCGGCUACGGUGGUCAAUGGUGGCACGCCAGGACCACUCAUCAAAAUCAACAAGAAUGACCCGAUCAAGAUCAAUGUGAUCAACAACCUCACGAAUCCUAACCUAGCAGAAGUCACCAGCGUCCACUGGCACGGUAUCUUCGAGCACGGUCGUCAGUGGGCCGAUGGCGUGGCCUUUGUGACACAAUGCCCGAUCAUUCCGAACGACGCUUUCACCUACAAGCUCAACGCCACAGGUCAGACUGGCACGUACUGGUACCACUCUCAUUAUUCGGUCCAGUACUGUGAUGGGCUGCGAGGCCCGCUUGUCAUCUACGACCCCGAAGAUCCAUACGCCGAUAUGUAUGACGUGGAUGACGAAAGCACAGUUAUUACUAUCGCUGACUGGUACCACCAACCUGCAAAUCUUCUCAAUGCGACAUUUGGAGCCGUCUUGCCAGAUGCGACGCUCAUCAAUGGCAAAGGUCGCUACUGGAACAGUACGUCGGACGUAGACCUCGGAGUCAUCGAGGUUGAACAGGGAAAGUCGUACCGCUUCCGUAUCGUCGGCAUGCAAUGCAACCUUUACUUCAACUUCACCAUCGCUGGGCACAAGAUGACCGUCAUUGAGACUGACGGUAUCGAAAUCGAUCCCGUCGAGGUAGACUCCAUCUCUGUGUUCGCAGCGCAGAGAUACUCUGUCGUCGUCACUGCUAACCAACCCAUCGACAAUUACUGGAUUCGCCUCACCUCCGAAAACACGACGUCUACCUUUAUCAAUGGAAUGAACUCCGCCAUCUUCCGUUACAAAGGUGCACCCGACGCGGACCCUACUAACUCGACUGUUACUUCCACUACGCCGCUAAUCGAUAGUAACAUCCACCCGCUCAUCAACCCCGGCGCACCUGGGGUACACGAAAUCGGCCAAGCAGACGUGAACAUUAACCUCGACCUCGGAUUCAACCUCACCAACACUGUUAACCCUUACUUCUUCAUCAACAACGUCACGUUCUUUAAUCCAGAUGUGCCGGUCCUCCUUCAGAUCCUUAACGGCGCUGUACACCCAUCCCAGCUUCUGCCCAAAGGUUCCGUGUACGAGCUACUACGCAACAAGGUGAUCGAGCUUAGUCUUCCCGUGUCAAGCACCGCAAACGCGGCGGGAGCUCCUCAUCCUUUCCACCUUCACGGCCACGUAUUUGAUGUUAUACGCGCACCCGGAAACAGUACACCAAACUUCGUGAACCCUCCUCGGAGGGAUGUGAUAUCGACUGGCACCCUGGGCGAUAACGUGACGAUUCGCUUUGUCACCGAUAACAGCGGACCUUGGUUCCUCCACUGUCACAUUGACUGGCAUUUGUCCCACGGGUUUGCCGUUGUAAUGGCGGAGAACCCUCCCGCGACAGCUGCUCACCGGAAUGACAUACCCACCUCCUGGAACGAACUCUGCCCAGACUACAACGCCUUCAUUGCCGCAGAUCCCGAUAACGGCAGGUUGUUGUCGCACGAGUUCGGCAUGCUACCAUCCACCGAAGAACAGGUUAUCCUUUCUUUGCCGGAGUCCCACAUGCGGUUUGGACACCACGGUCUGGAUCCGUUCUAG